GACAGAUGAGUUUAGGUAUCAAAUUAAAGAAAAAUAAACUCGGGGGGUCAAACUGAAAAUAUGUUGUAGCUUCUCCGCCGGCCAGGCCCAAAUGUAACCCUCACGUUACGUUGGUCGUAGGCGUGACCACCUCAACAUCUCCGGAGAGCACCAGCCGAGCUUCCAAUGGAGCAAUCCCGAGUAUCGAGUCCCGGCACCACCAACAUCGUUCUAUAGCCGAAUCGAGGAAGAAGAAGAAGAAGAAGAAGAAGAGCAUAGACAUCGAUGAACGGUCGUCCUUGUCCGCUGUAGAGGAGAUCCCCUCCGAUCUCAAACCCCGGCGGCCCAUUGGACUCGAUCCGGCACCCAAGCAGAUAACAACCAACCUGUCACUCCUAUUCCUAACAAUUCUCUUUUGCCAACUUAUUUGAUCCAGCAGUUGCUCGCGUCUAAGAUUCCAAAGGGAACCACACGAUAGGAGGAGAAGCUACCUCGGCUCCUAGUUUUUGCUGUGCAAGUAUUGGCGACAGAGCAAGUGGGAGAUUUGCCCAUGUGCGGAACUCUUCUAGUAUCCAAAGUCUCUUUUCAGAGCGUGGAUCUUCUAUUAAUUCCUCUUCAUCUCCUCCAAUGCAAAAUGAGCAUUCCUUUGUGAGGUUAUGAAAAUGGGAGGAAGAAAUUAUAGAGUAUGGUGGCCUCAGCAGCUCUUGACCUCCACCUCCAGUUCUGGCCUGUUUCUCUUUGGUUGGUUUAUGGAUUCUGUUGAUUCUAUUGACAUUGUCAUAGCAGCUGCAAUUUCUUCAGCUAAAAUUUUAACCCAUCCUUUUCAGACUAAUCUUGAGGAAAUCUUGGUGUCUGCCAAUCAAAAGAUGCCAUUAAGACUGGAGUCUUUCACAUUUUCUCUUCUGGGAUAUUGCUUAACUGAUGGCGGUAAAUUAAGACCAGUAUGUAGUCAGAAUGGUGGACUUCCUUUCAGGAAACAGUUCAAUGAUGAAUGCUAUAAAGAACUGAAAGCUUGUCAAAAUAAUGGAAAAUGGCACUGUGAUUGCAUGAAUUUCAUAGAACCUUACUUCCUGUCUUCAUUGGGAUGCAAUAACUGGAUUUUUAUGCUGCUAUGUAAACCCCAAAGAAUCCUGUACAAGAGGAAUCAACAGAUUCCAUAUCUACAUCAUGUCCAUCACAAUGGUGAUAUAGUGACCCCUGUUGAUUUCCACAUAAUAGUAUAUGAAGUCCCAACCUUUGGUGUAAGUCAUGUCUCUUUGAGUUCUUGGCAUGCUCCUGAGAAUAUUGAUUUGCUGUCAAAGAAGCCAAAAUGGGUGAAGAAAAUAUACAAGAAGCCUGUAGUCAAUAAUUUGGAGACAGUUCUUUUGGCACUCAAUUGUUCAAAUACUGCCAAAACAUUCUUGGAGCUAGUGGAAAACACUCUUAGUCCCAUGACCAGCAUCUUCUUUGUGUCAAAAAUGCUGAGAGUGGCAUCCAUCAUAUGGCACAUGGUGGCUGCAAUUGUAGCUUCUAUCUCCACAAUUAUAUACAUAUUCCUUCAAUUCUUUCAUAAACCCUUGAGUCAUGGUUCCAUCUGGUUUAUAUUAUCAAAGAUAUUCACACAUACAUCCAAGAAUGUGCACAUUCGUAGCUGUCAGUUUCUGUACUGGCCAGUUACUCUUCAAGCUCCCGGUACCAGCAUUUCCCACUCAAGUGUUGAAUAUUCUCACAAAGCUGCAUUAAGGAAGCACUUCAUUUGGUCUAAUGUUUUGAUGGAUGUUACCUUGGGGAUUGUUCUUGGAAUCCUAUUGUUGGCUAAUGUUGAAACUAUCUGUUCAUGGAUUUCGGUUAUUGUUCAUCAAAUAACUAAUGACCUGUUGCGCUCAGGUUCUGUAUGGUUAAUGGGUGUCCCAGCUGGUUUUAAGCUGAAUAAUGAGCUAGCGGAGUUUAUCGGCAUAAUUUCUCUCAAUACAAUUCAAAUUUUCUCUACCCUAUGGUCCUUUAUUGGUGUUUUUUUGCAGAAUUAUACUUUGGUUAUUGCACUGUUGGGGAUAGUUUUUGGCCUGACUAUUCCAGUGGCCUUGUGCAUUGACAUGCUUAAAUUGGCAACAUUUCAUAUUUGUAUUCUGCACCACAUGAUAUCUUUUCUCUAUUCACAGCAGAUUCAGGCUUUAGCUUCUUUAUGGCGUCUAUUCCGUGGACAGAAGCGCAAUCCGCUUCGACAACGCUUGGAUAGUUAUGACUACACGGUUGAGCAACAUGUUGUUGGUUCUCUUUUGUUUACACCGCUUCUGUUGCUUAUUCCAACCACUUCUGUCUUCUACAUUUUCCUCACCAGUUUGAUAACAACCAUUAUUUUCCUGUCCAUUAUAUUUGAGAUUAUUAUUUCAUUGCUUCACGCUACUCCCUAUGCCGAGGUGUGGAUUUGGAUCAUGAGUCGAAGGAAGUUUCCCUCUGGAAUAUGGUUUGAAGUCUUAGAUUUUGGUAAUGGAAUUACUGAUGAAUUUUAUUCACAGCCUUGUUUCGAUGGAAGGCAGGGUGAUAGCUUUGGUGGUGGGGAAUCGGGCUUUUUGGUUUCACAACUUUGCUGUAAUUAUGCUACAAUAGUUUUACAUUUUCAGGUGUCUAUUUUGUGUCAAGUAUACAACAAUCUAACAACACAAGAAACUGUUGAGCACAAAUUGAUCGUGUCUAAUUAUCACAACGAAUUGUAGACCUGCUUCAUGCAUUUAUUUUUCCAUACAAUCUCUUUCCUUCAUUUUUUCCCAAAUAAUUUGGGCCAUCAAGCCAAUAGUAUAUGGAGCGGACUAAUAAUUUUAUGUGGAGUAUAUCUGCAGCGGAACAACUUUUUAAGUAUUUCAUAUGAAAUUGUGUCUGUGUCAAGCAUUGAACAAUUUUCUCUGUUAUUGCUAAAAUUUAAAUUACUAGUGUCCCAUAAAAACUUGGAGUAAAUGGGGGAGGACUAUAAUCAACCUAUUACUGGAAAUGUUUUGUCCAGAUACUGCCACUUCUUAGUUGGUCAUAGUAGGAAGUGAACUGAGCCACAUUAAACUAGUUGUGUACCAUCCUUAGAAAUAGAACUGUGAAUGAUUUUCAUUCGAGCUUGCGAGUACUUGUUCUCAUUGCAAAUAAUGAUGGAAUGCAGUUGGUAUGAUAAAAAGUUCCUACUUGAAUAUGAUCAGUAUUACUACCAUCUUUAUGGGGUUGACUAUUAAGUCCUAAUUUUGAUGCAAAUAUG